AUGUUCUACUGUUACAUCAUAAAUUAUUCUACUGUUCCACCAUCAGAUGUUCCAUUCUUCCACUAUGAGAUGUUCUACUGCUCCAUCAUGAUUGUUCCACGCUUCCACCAUCAGAUGUUGUACUGUUCCACUAUAUAUGUUACAUUGUUCCACCAUCAGAUGCUCCAUUGUUUAACCAUUAGAUGAUCCACUGUACCACCGUGAUUAUUCAACUUUUUUACCAACGGAUGUUCUACUGUUCCAUCGUAAGCUGUUCUACUGUUCCACCAUGAGAUGUUCUACUGUUCCACCAUGAUUAUUCCACUGUUCCACUAUCAGAUGGUUUACUGUCCCCCCAUCAGAUUUUCCAUUGUUCCACCAUCAAAUAUUCUAAUCUUCCACCAUGAGAUGUUCUAAUUUUUUAACCUGUCUGUUUCACUGUUCCCCUUUAAUAUGUUCUACUGUUCCAGCAUGAUUCUUCCACUGUUCCAUCACCAGAUGUUCUUUUGUUCCACCAAAAUUGUUACACUGUUCCACUAUUAGAUGUUCUACUGUUCCAAAAUCACAUGUACCACAGUUCCACCAUCAGAUGUUCCACUAUGAGAUAUUCUACUGUUCCACCAUGAUUGUUUCACUGUUCCACCAUCAGAUGUUAAACUGUUUUACCAAUAGCUGUUCCCCUUUUCCACCAUCAGAUCUUCUACUAUUCCAACAGCUCUGUUCCACUGUUCCACCAUCAGAUGUUCCACACUUCGACCAAAAGAUGGUCCACUGCUCCAUCAUCACAUGUUGUAUUUUUCCACUAU